AUGAUUCUCAUCGUUGUUUUAUUUUUUGCCCUCAUUGCUCAAAGUGAAUCCACUCCAUUGGUGUCUCGACGAAUGAAACGACGUUUGAUAAUGCGACAACCAAUGAUGGAUAUUCCCUUUGAGGAUGUUCUCGAUAUAUACAAUUUGGGAGCAAGCAAGAGAAAACUACGGCACUCACACAAAGCGCAAUUUCUUCCCAACCUCCACUAUCUACGAGCUCUGGUAGUCCCCAACCACCCCUUCCCCAUUCACAAAGUAUUACCC